AUGGACUCGGAAGGACCAGAGAAGCGAGGACGAAGCGGUCGAGGGGUGGAGUUUUGCUGUCUUUCGUAUCCGCUCGUCAAGGCGGGAGCGUACCUGAUCCCGCUCGAGUUCGGAUUUGUAGCAGGGUGCAUCAUCGUGCUCAGCACUACAACGCCGACGAUCGUGGCUGCAGUCGAUACGCUGCCGCACAUCUUUUCGCUCGUGCUGCUCAUCCUUGCGAUCAUCACACUGGCAUGGCAGGUGAUUGGGCUGGCGACGGUGCGGAUCGAGAUGAGCUCCAUCUACAGACUGUACAUCCGGCUCAACUUUCUGCUUGUGCUCAUCACCGCCGCCACUGCUGCGAUUGGCACCGUGGUGAUUGCGACCAAGCACAAGCAGUCGACCGAGGUGUGCACGCGCAUCUACGGCAAUCCGCCGUUGAACUCGAGCAACGGCGUGUCGGUCCCAGGGCUGGAGUCGUUUGCUCCCGGCGAGCAUAUCUGCAACUACGUCAUGUGGGCCCAAACGGCAGCUAUGGGCGGCCUCACGCUCAUCCUCUUCCUGACUCAGCGUGCUUAUGGCCAAAAGCAGCGUAACGCACUGCAGCAGCUGCAGGAACACGACGAGGAAGAGCGAGCGAGUGCUUUGGUCAGCAAGCCAGGAAAAUCCUCGCGAAAUUCCAACUGCAAGGCCGCCAAGUGGCGACCAGCCGCUACGUACGGUAGCCUUCAGUUCGCAUUAGCACAUCUUCGGCCCACAGCAGCGCAGUCUCAGGUCUAUCGCGCGUCCGACCGCCUGCCAGAGAGCCGUCGCCGCCUCUGCGAGCAGCCGCCAGUGCCACCCGGGCGCAACUCGUUCGUCUGGAUCUCGAAUAUGUGA